AUGGUGUUUACUCUUGUUCUCGGUAUUGGGCUUGGAGUGGGUCUGAGCUGUGUUGGGAGGUUUCGCUGUGACUUUUCCUCUCAGUGCAUCAGAAGCUCUGCACAGUGUGAUGGAGAGGUGCACUGUGACAAUGGAGCGGACGAGCUUGGCUGUGUGCGUCUCAGUGGGCGGAGUUCAGUCCUGCAGGUCCAGAAAGCUGGUGUGUGGAGGACAGUCUGCUCAGAGGACUGGAAUAACUGGCUGGGGCUCUCUGCCUGCAAGCAGUUGGGAUAUACCAGUUAUGUCGAGUCAUUCUUCAUGUCCCUGACCUCCAUUGAGCAAGAUCUUCAGUACAACCUGGUGUCCAUCAAUCUGAGCCAGUCACAAAUCAUUAAGCUACAAAACACCGCAACCGUCAGUAAAACCCACUGCAGCUCAGGAAAGGUGACAACACUGAAAUGUCUGGAGUGUGGCUCCAGACCUCAGUACUUGAGUCGUAUUGUUGGAGGGAACAUUUCCCGGCCAGGCCAGUUCCCCUGGCAGGCUAGCCUCCAUUUCAACGGUGAACACCUCUGUGGAGGCUCUAUCAUAACACCACGAUGGAUUCUCACAGCGGCACACUGUGUGUAUGGAUUUGCAGAGCCUUCCUUGUGGGUAGUCCAUGUGGGAGAGAUAGAGCAACCGGUCCAUGGUGAACAGUCGAUUGCAGUGGAGCAGAUCAUACACCAUGUUCGCUAUCACCCCAAAGGACUGGAUUAUGAUAUUGCACUUGUGAAACUCUCCGAGCCCCUUGUUUUCAAUGGAUUUGUGGAGCCCAUCUGCCUGCCUAAUUUUGGGGAAGAAUUUGAUGAAGGCACCAUGUGCUGGAUCUCUGGAUGGGGAGCAACCGAGGACAAAGGGCAGACCAGUGUGGUUUUGCAUUCCGCCAUGGUGCCCCUCCUCUCCACAAAGACCUGCAAUCAGCCACAGGUUUACCAGGGCUUCAUCUCACGAUGGAUGAUAUGUGCAGGAUACUUGGAGGGAGGAAAAGACUCCUGUCAGGGGGACAGUGGGGGUCCUCUUGCUUGCGAGGACUCAUCUCUAUGGAAGCUGGUCGGGACAACGAGCUGGGGCGUUGGCUGUGCUAUAAGGAACAAGCCAGGCGUGUACACCAGGAUGACACAGUCACUUCACUGGAUCCGGCAUCAGAUGGAGAGGGAAGAGGCUCCUAACUCAACAACUUAACUGAAUCGCCUUUUCAAUGGAGACUGCGAUAUCUGGUCAGAGUCAGGAUGAUAGCGCAGUGAAUGAUGCAACUGAAGAGUUAAGAGAUUCUUUAUUCCAAAAUAGAAAGCUCUAAGGCAAACCAGACGAUAAAACAAUGCUUCAUAAAAAGAAAGACAGGCAUGAAA